UGGUGAAAGAAGUAGCCAGAGACGGUUAAAGGUUCUGAAUGGCUUCCUUCACCUACGCCACACUAUCACUAUCGUCUUCAUGUUUUUUCUCUGCCGGAGCAACGAUUCGCCACCGUCGUUCUCCGAACCAGCUCAGGUUGUUACCUCUCAAAUGCUCCUCUUCGUCUUCGGAGCCUGAAACCGCCUUGCCUCCUACCGAUUGGACUCGCAAACUGAUCGCAGGGAUCUCUGGAAUCGGAUUCCUCGAAACCUCGUACCUCACUUACCUCAAACUCACCGACUCCGACGUUUUUUGCCCCGUCGGCGGCGGCACCUGCUCCGACAUACUCAACAGCGAUUACGCCCUUGUUUUCGGUGUUCCUCUUCCUUUAAUUGGUAUGGCUGCGUAUGGAUUUGUUGCUGCUCUAAGUGUUCAAUUGGCUUCAAAGAAAUUGGCGUUUGGGAUUGAUAAAUCCAAUGCUCAAUUAGUAUUGCUUGGAAUCACAACUUCCAUGGCAGCUGCUAGUGCGUAUUUUUUGUACAUUCUAACGACAAAAUUCUCCGGUUCAUCUUGUUCCUAUUGUCUACUAUCGGCUUUCUUGUCCUUCACCUUGUUUUUUAUUACCCUGAAGGACAUUGGAUUUCAAGAAGCGUAUAAACAAGGGGGUCUCCAACUAUUAGCUGCUAGCUUAGUGAUUCUCAUGCUUAGCACCUCCUAUAGCGAUUCUAAAUCCAGCCUGGCUGAAAUUGAACUGCCAUAUUAUGCUACUGAAAUUACAACUCCAUCAAGCCCUUUUACACUAUCUCUAGCAAAGUAUUUGCACUCCAUAGGAGCUAAAAUGUAUGGAGCUUUCUGGUGUUCGCACUGUCAGGAACAAAAAGAGCUGAUGCAGAUGUUUGGAAAUGAGGCAGCCAAGCAGUUGGAUUAUGUGGAAUGCUUUCCCGAAGGUUAUCGGAAAGGAACUAAAAUGAUCAAGGCAUGCCUAGAUGCCAAAAUUGAAGGUUUCCCAACGUGGGUUAUUAAUGGCCAGGUAAAAAGGAAGUAGGCUAUGAUUGCAACUGUCUCUUUGCAUCCUCUCUGUCCUACCUGAAUUUGUUUCGUUCUGAUUGCAUCAAGCAUGGGCAUCUCAUGCAGGUUCUGAGUGGUGAGCAAGAAUUGUCGGAGCUGGCUCAAGUGUCUGGUUAUAAUGAAUCUGUUCAACCUAGUUAAGGCUUAGACUGAAAGUGAAAAAGAUAGCAUUGUAGUAGCACACACAUUGUACAGCUUACAGAUGAGUUGUUUGUCCUUAGGCAUAUGUAUAAAUUCCUUUCCAUUAAGCUAUAAUGUUAAUGUCUUUUAAUUUUUCCUUUUAUCGGUACAUGUAUUUUUUUUAAUUAUUAUAACGGGUAGCUGGUUUAAAUGAUACAUGUUUCCCUUAAGUUGAGAGAACUAGUUUUACCAUAAUAUAC